CCGGCCGGACCAUUGUUGUCGUCAAGGCAGGCAAAAGGCGCCAACACAUAUUUUAUUUUAUUUGCCCGAGGGAAUAGUUGAUGGCGUUUGCGCGACGGGUGCCAUAUCUUGCCUCUCGAUCUUCCUCUUCCUCGCAUUGCCGGUGCUUGUUGGAUGAAAAAUCAGCUCAUCAGCAGAUCUCUCCCUGCCGGUUGUUCUGCCCUCCAAUCCAACAAACCACCAAGCUAAGACAUUUUUGUCAUAACUUUUCCUUCCCCAUCGAUAUGGUGGCCCAGUAUUUCCGAGAAAUCCGUGGCAGAUUAUUACGGAAAUCCUGACAAGUACUACACUCUCCAUUGCUAAUCUAGAGGUUUGAUCACAUCGUUGAAUAUCUGCAUACCUUUCCACUUGGUGUUUUGCAGAGCACCUACAGCCAGGACACUGGAUCGAUCGCUGCUUAGAGCGAGAGCACAUGAUAUACUCGUCAUUUCGUCGCCGUUGUACUCGUGUAGCUACAAAUUAUGGACUGUAAAGCUAGCGCAACAAGAGAGGACCUGGAAUUCAUACUACUUAAUGAAGAUGCACAGCCAAAACCACUGCCUUUGUCGCUCCUUGCAGACAUCACAAGUGAUUUCUCCGACAAGAAUAUUAUUGGAAGGGGUGGAUUUGGCAUAGUUUAUAAGGGAUUCAUCGGGAAUCGCACGGUUGCUGUGAAGAGGUUGCUGCGUGUACUACAUUUUGACGAGGAUGGAUUCUACCGAGAGAUUAAAUGCCUGAUGAAGGUGAAGCACCAAAAUGUAGUUCGAUUUUUAGGAUAUUGUAACGAGACACGAGGGGAGAUGGCAGGGUUCAACGGUACACUUGUCAUGGCACAAGAAGAAGAACGAUUGCUUUGUUUCCAAUACCUAUCCAAAGGAGGGCUUAACAACUAUAUCAAUGCAGAUGCAUCUUCUGCGCUUGAAUGGGAACAAUGCUAUCGAAUAAUCAAUGGAGUUUGCCAGGGCUUACAUCAACUUCAUCAGCACAAUAUUUUACACAUGGAUCUGAAACCGGAAAACAUACUUUUGGGUAACGACAUGGUCCCAAAAAUUGCUGAUUUCGGCCUAUCAAGGCGAUUGCAUGAAGACCAAAGCUACGUUAUAACUAAAAAUUUAUGCGGAACACGGGGAUAUAUGGCCCCUGAAUUCAUCGACAGUAAUCCUGAAAAUCGCGCAAUUACAAAAAAGUGUGAUUUGUAUAGCCUUGGUGUUAUAAUUAUGGAGCUACUGACGGGAACGCGCGAGCAGUGUGCUGUUAACGAUGUACUUGACAGUUGGAUCAGCCGGUUGGGAGAAUCAAAGACUAAAGCACAGUUAGAGCAGAUAAAAGAAUGUGCUCAGAUAGCUAUCGAGUGCAGUAACCCUAAAGCAGAGAAUAGACCACUGGAUACAAAGCAUAUAAUCGAUAGGCUUCAAAAAGUGGAAGGUGCACAGGGAACUCAACUGCAGUCUGCUGGCAAGUUAUUACUUCAAGUCCACCCGACCUUCCUCGUGUUUGAGUUGCAACCCGCCGGGAAGUUGACCCCAUGCCUACUGCACCUCACAAACGACACGGAUGAAGACAUGGAGUUUAAGCUUAGGAUAGAAGAGGGUGUGGACCAGCGAUGGUCGGAGCAAUUUGGUGAAGAGCGUUUUUCAGGAUGCGGUGUUGUGGCUGCGCGAUCCACUUACACUCUCAUUCUGACGGUGUCGUGGGAGCGGGACGAUAUUCCUGAAAACAGAUUUUGUGAAAUGAUUCUCGACAGCUGGCCUAAGCAAAACUGGUACUCUGAAGCUAAUAAGAAUUCGAAGGAGGUGAAACUGACAGCUUAUUUGUCGACUCAGCACAGACAGUCGACAGCAAUACCCACGGCAACCAGCGGCCAGUUGGGCGUCACGAUCUCAUGGAUGGAGAAACCCCGCACACGUAUGUACUCCGUUGACGCGCACCCGACCAAGCCAUGGAUCAUAACUGGUCAUGAACAAGGACGCAUUACCAUUAGGAACCAUGACACACAGAAGCUACUGUAUUCGUUUAAAGUCUCGCGGGGACCAGUUUGUUCUGUCAAAUUCAUUGCGCGGAAGCAAUGGUUCAUUUGCGCCACAGAAACCGAAGGUUUCGCACAUGUAUACAGUUAUGAAACCGAAGAAAUGCAAAAGGUUAACAGUUUCAGAGCUCAAGAAAUGCAAAAGGUUAACAGUUUCAGAGCUGACGACGACCAUAUCCGCCCCAUAUCGCUGGCCGUUCAUCCAUCCCAGCCCUAUGUGAUGUCGUGGUACUACGGCAACGAGACAAUGAAGCUAUGGAACUGGGACAAAGGAUGGGAGUGCACACGCACAUUCCAAAUUAGCGGCAAAACCUUUAAAAAAAUCGCUUUUGACCCAAAGGAGACCAACCGCUUUGCUGCUACCGCUGUUGGCACUAGCUUCUUUGAUACUGAUGUCGACGUCAUGAUUUGGAGCCUUGACUGUCCCGAACCUGAAUAUUAUCUGCUUUGGACGGAUAUUAGGGUUAUCAUGUUCCUAGAAUUCUUCACAUGUUACGAUCGACAGUAUUUGAUUAUUGUUGAUGAAGAUAACAAAGCACACGUGUGGGACUUGCAGCAGCGGGAAUUUGCUUUUAAGAAGCGAAAAUCCUUGUCUCUUGAACCUUCUGUCUUCUCACAUCCCAAUCUACCGUUACUACUAGCAGCACCAAUUGAACGCACAUGUUGUUUCUGGAGCGCUAAGGAUUUCAGUUUUUAUGGAGUCCUUGACAAUUCUGGUGGAGAAAAUGUGGUGGGUAUCGCUUGCUUGAUGGGGUCAAAAAGAAGGUUUGUGAUUGGACAGAGUUAUGCCUUAACAGUCUUGGAUAUUGAAAAAGCUAUAUAUCAAGAGGACCUAAGGGAAUCCAUUGAGACAAAGUUAUGCAAUGAUACAAGACAGUCCUACACAAGUUCUGAGUUGAUUACCCAAGAGUCAAGUGAGAUUCAUCACAUCCACCCGCUGAAGGCCCACUUAUCCUUUCAAGACGACAACUUAAUCCCUUGCUUACUGCACCUAACAAACAAAACUGAUAAACACAUUGCUUUUAUGCUUAGCAGUACGACAGAAGAGCAGCCCUUUGAAGCGACACCACUAAACCACGACAUUGUGAUGUCGAGAUCCAUAUAUACUCUUGAUAUUAAAAUGCCGACAGAUAAACAAAAGUCCAAUCUGAUCUUGCAGAGCAGUAUAUAUGGGGAUAAAUACAUCUAUAGGUUCACAGACCAAUCAGAAUGCGAUCAAUUUUUUAAGGAUGCUAAAGAGACCAGGAAUGUGGUGCAUGAGGUGGUGCUAGAACCUGUUUUGUCUCAGCAAGGCGAGACAACGUCAGAGAACCGAUCGACUGGACAAGACGUAACCCAAACGUUAACACAGAUAAGGGGUUUGUGGCACCCUACGACAGAUAAUGAUGUAAUAUCUUUACUAGAUGUUAACCCAGCAGAUUCAUGGAUAAUGACGUUUCAUCAAAAUGGAGAUUUUUUUAUAAGGGAUAUUGACACCCAGGAAACGUUAUAUUUGAUGAGCACCAAAGAUGAUGUUUAUUCUGUCAAAAUCAUUACAAGGAAGCAUUGGGUUUUGGUUGGGACACAUGAUGGUUUCAUCUUGGUGUACGAGUAUGAAACAGGAAUGAAACUGAUAACAAGAUUCAAAGCGGUAUCAAACAUAUUCCAUGGUUACUCUGAUGGAGUGUUGGUCGUUCAUCCAACCCUACCAUAUGUGCUUUCGGCUUAUGGCCGCGAAAUGAAACUUUGGGAUUGGGACAAAGGGUGGGAGUGCAUACAAACAUUUGAGCUGGGACGCUAUGGUUCCAUACGUCAAGUGGCAUUUAGCCCGAAUGGCACUGAUAAUUUUGCUACAGCUUCAAGUGAUCGCAAAAUAAAGCUUUGGAGCCAUUCUUCCCCCACAGCGGAGUAUACUCUGUGUCACCAUAAGAGAGAUGUGAGCUGCCUGGAUUUCUUCAGAGGUGACGACAGUAAUCAAUAUUUGAUUAGUGGCUCUGGUGACUAUACGGCCAAGAUCUGGGACUUGCAGAAAAAGACUUGUCUUCAUACAUUGGAUGUUAUGUCUCCGGUUACUUCUAUCAUUUCCCUUCCAAAUUCUCCAUAUUUGAUUAUAGGUUCGGAAGACGGAACUGUUCAUUUGUGGAGGUCUCCUAGUUUUAGGAUUGAGAGAAUACUUCAGAUUGGCUGCACAAGACCUGUUCGGAGCCUAUGUUUGGUGGGGUCAAAAAGGGUACUCAUUGAAAAGAUGGGUGAAGUAUCAAUCAUGGAUAUUGAUACAUCCAUUAAGGAACCCCCAGAGUUAUUACUUCAUGUCCACCCGACCACACUCGUGUUUGAAUUGCAACCCGGGAAGUUGAGCCAAUGCUCAAUGCAGCUAACAAAUGACACAGAUCAACACAUGGCAUUUAAGCUCAGUUCAACAGAUAGUGUGGACUGGUUAGAGCAGUUUCUUCCAUGGUACGGCAUUGUUGCGGCACGCUCCACAUACACUCUCAUUCUGAAUGUGUUCUUGGAGCGAGAUACUGCAGAAAAGAGAUUCUGUGAUAUGAUCCUAGAGAGCUGUACAUGUGAAUACAACGACAAUAACAUGUAUUCGGCCACAACUUAUUGGGAGAAAUUCGUUGAUCAAGAGACCAAGAAAGUGGUGAACGAGGUGAAACUGACAGCCUUGUUGUCAUCGUCUCAGCACAGACAGUCAAUAGUAGCUCCCGACAAGCCAACCGGGCUAGGCGUCAGGGUCUCAUGGGUGGAGAAACCCUGGAUUCGUCUGCUCUCCGUGGACGCACACCCCACCGAACCAUGGAUCAUAACUGGUCACGAAUGUGGACACCUUGCCAUUAGGAACCAUGACACACAGAUGCUACUGUGUUCGUUUAAAGUUUCACGUGGCGGAGUCUUUUGUGUUAAAUUUAUAGCGCAGAAGCAAUGGUUCAUUUGCAGCUCAGGAGAAGGUUUCAUACAUGUGUUCAGUUAUGAAACCCAAGAAAUACAAAAUGUGAACAAUUUCAGAGCUUAUGACGACAAUAGUCGCUGGCUCCCCAUAUCACUGGCCGUUCAUCCAUCCCGGCCCUAUGUGUUGUCGUGGUGUCGCUACGAUAGUGAGAUAAUAAUGAAGCUUUGGGACUGGGACAAAGGAUGGGAGUGCGCACGCACAUUCCGAAGUGGAGGCAUUAAUGUAGAUCAUAUCGCUUUCGAUCCAAAGGAGACCAACCGCUUUGUUGCUACCGAUUGCUUGGAUGGCAAAGUGAUGAUUUGGAGCCUCGACUCUCCCGAACCUGAAUAUCAUCUGCCUAAGACGGAUUUUAAGGGUAUCAUGUUCCUGGAAUUCUUCACACGUUAUGGUCGGCAGUGUUUGAUUAUUGCUCAUGAAGAUCAUAAAGCACACGUAUGGGACUUUCGGUUGCGCAAAUUUGUUUCUGAGAAGCGAAAAUUAUUAUCUCGUGAAGCUUCUGUCUUCUUACGUCCUAAUGUAUCGUUACUACUUACACCUUCAUCUAAAGGCACUUGCCGUUUCUGGGACGCUAAGAAAUUCAGUUUUUAUGGAGUCAUUGACAAUUCUGCUGGAGGAGAUGUGCUGGGUAUCGCUUGUUUGAUGGGGUCUAAAACAAGGUUUGUGAUUGGACAAUAUUAUGCAUUAACAAUAUUGCAUCUUGAUAAUGCAAUAUAUCAAAAGGACCCAAGGCAAUCUAUUGAGCCACAAUUAUGUGCUCAUACAAGGCAAGGAGACACAAGUUCUGAGGAGAAAUAUGGGGAGGAGAUGGUUUGGCAUCAUGGCCCAAACUUCGAUUGGCAGCAUGAACCAUUUGAUGCCGCAAUCAUGCGAGCUAGUGGUGGCGAGAACGCACAUGAACAGUACACGCUUUUCGACAUAAUGAUUGACUCAACAGAGGUGAGAGCUCAAAGGAUGAGUUCUUCAUUCUGUAGCAUGAGCCUUUCAUCUCAUCAGCCCAAGGAGCAGGAGUUGGAGGUGGCUAGGCUGCGCGGGGAGCUGAGACAGCGUGACGAGCAUCAUAAAGUGCAACAAGACUACAUGUUCUCUUUCAUACAGCAGCAACACGAGAUUAUUCAAGAAUUAUCCCAGCAACAUGGCUUGGAUGUAGUCCUCCCAGAGUUUCGACCGCCACUGCCACCGAUGCUGCCACAAUUGAGUCCUUUUCUAUCUACAAUAUCUCAAGCUACGACUGAUGCAAGUGGGACGGAACCUACUGGAAUGGCUUUUGUGGAGUCCUUCGCCUACCCUCCUCCUGCAACAGAUAGCAACCACAACUCUAAUAAUCCAUGUAGCGAUUUUGGUGCCUGAGUAACAUUGCAUGUUUCUUUGCAUUUAAACUUGUGCUUUUUCCAAUUAUGUAUGAUGGUCAAUAUGAAUUGAAUUGAAUCUCUAUAGUUUGUUGAACGAAAGACUUGAAUAUGUGAGAUGUGAUUGUGGCUUUGAAAGGAUAUGUGAGCUAUGACGAGCAUUGAUGAAUUUAAAGUAUUAUGUAUAUGAUGUAUGUGAAUUGUGAUAUAUAAUGUAUGCGAAUUGUGAUAUA